AUGUCGGUCGAAUCAUUGCGCUCGCUAGAGCAGGUGCGCCAGCGCCUGAACACUCUUGCCAACACCAUCGGCAAACUGCUGCACGAUCUAGACACCAACGAUCCGCUUCCCUCGUGGCCUUCACUGCAAAAUUCUGCCAACCUACUCUAUCACAACCUCGAUUCACUGAACAAGAUCCUCGCUGGUGCUCAGCCACUCCUCACGAACGCUCAUGUCUACCCUCUACCCUCGUAUCCAGGCCGCACCCAGGAAGACUUGCUCACCCAACUCUUGCGCAAAAAGUUACAGCCACAAGUUGAAGACUGGAUCGCCAAUGGAGAGCGACAUGCUGCGAGCAGCGGUAUUGAACCACCUCAGACCAAUGGCACCUCAACAAACGGACCACAAUCUAUGAACACAGCCCAGUUGAGUGAUCUCUGGGAAUGGGCCGGUCGUGAAGGCAAUAGAAUUGCUCGCGUAAUGGGUGCUGAUUCCUUUGACGACGUCUUCACUCUCGAAGAACACGAGCUUGGCAUCGAGAAUGUCGUUACUGGCUUGCGCCGCAAGUUGUGGGAUAGCGACGAUGAGGACGAAGACGACGAAGGCGGUGCACAAGCCAAGAAGCCAGAAGACAAACAGCUCGAUAUGGAUGUGGACAUGGUAGACUCUAUCCCCGAGCCUGUCAAAAGACUACAACGACACAAUGUCGACCCCACCAAGCGGCCAAUGAGCAUCGAACACAUAUUGAGAUUCGCUCUGACCGCCAGAGAGCCCCCGAACGUCGUGUAA